AUGGAAAAUAUUGAACAACCCCAGUUUGAGAAUGUGUCGUUUAACGUGCCGGAGGUGUUAUCUCGCAUUCGCAGUCAUCAGAAAGAUGUGCGAGACAUAGUAAAUGCCAACUAUGUGGAUUUCGUUUCGAUCAAUACUCCCAGCAUUAUCGAUGGUCUGAAGUCGUUGGAAAGCGAAAUAAAGGAACUCGUAGCCGCUACCGGCCAGCUGACAGUGGACAAGUCCAACGUAGCCUGGAAUGAUCUGCGCAACUAUCAACGGGAUCUGGAAGAAGCUAUGCGGGGCUAUAAGAUUGCGCGUAAGUUGCUCUCUGUUCAUGAUUUGUUUGUAAGCUUGAAUCUAUCCGGCAACGGAUACGAGAAGACUGCCCACAUCCUUGGCAAAGUGAAGGCGCUAUUGGACGAAAUGGAAGAUCCUGUUCUCGCAGAUCUGCACUGCUUUCACGGCUUAAUUCUACGCUACGAAACCGAAUACGAAACGCUCAUUAAUGAUCUCAAUGGCAAGUUCAAUGAGUUGGUUCAGCUGCAACAUCGCUCGUUCCAAAACACCAAAUCGGUCACAAUACGAAUUCAUAAAGAUGAAAACUUGUUGUAUCAAGUGGUGGUAACCCUGUUGAAAACGCAGCACAAUUUCCAAACCGUUUGUCAGUUUCUGAUGGAAAACGUAUUUGCCCCCGUCAUAGUCAAGCCUGUUUCGUUGAUAUGCGACGAACAAUCGAACGAGGAGAGUGUACUGAUUCAGAUGUCGUAUCAGCUUGCAGUUGGAGAGGAUUUGCGCCCGGGGUACAAGACCGUGUUGUCGAAUAUAAUGCAGAUCUUUUACAACCUGAGCAACAUGAAUAUCGUGAUAUCGGAGGACGAGUGCUUGUUCAAGGUGCUUGCCAAGCAGAUGAAAAAAGAAUUGUGCACCAAGUUGAUCGAACGCUGCCUAGAACGUGAUAUUCCGGGAACUAUCGAAGGCAUGAAAGAGAGUUCGAUGGUGAAGGACCUCUGCGAGUUCAACACGUUCUUGCACACAACCAACUUUGUGGACGGUGCAAAUGAUCAAUUACUAGAGGAGUAUGCUAAUUCCAUUGAAACGGUUCACCAGAAGAAACUUUGCGACAACGUUCUCGACACGGCUCUCGAGAUUAUGAAGCGCGAAAGCCAUGAGAUGGUGCUAAUUAAAGAUCAUGAAUAUCAGUUCGUCGGUAGCUCUACGGCUCAGUUGUCAAGCUGCAUGGUGACUCGCACUGCAGUAGAGCUGAAAAAGUUUCUAGACAAAGUGUUAACGGAAGCGUUCGCACACGGAGAUGCGGCUAGCCGGUUCAUUAAAACAAUUGCCACCAUCCUGGAACGAUACAUGGUCGAUGUACCGAGUGCAAACGAGAAACUGCUCUUCAAGAUUCCCCAACAAUCUGCUUUAUUCCGGAACGACUGCACCUACUUAAACUAUUGGCUGCAGAAAAAUGAUGGCAAGCUCAACGAUCAUGGUUCAUUCGCAAACAUAUCUGACGCAUUAAAAGCUUGCGGAGAGGACAUAUUCCAGCAGCAGCUAAAUAGCCAACGUGCACAGAUGAUGCAAGCAUUGAAUGGAUUCAAACUUUCAAUAAACCUGUUAGAGUUGGGAACCGAGCAGCAAAGAGCUAUCAGACAGUGUGUUCGACAAUUUGAGCUGCUAAAGAAUGUAUGGCAGAUCGUUUUGCCAGACAACGUAUACAAACAGAGUUUGUCGGGACUGAUAGACCAGUUUCUACGGGAAGUAAUGAAAAGAAUACAAAGUCUAGAGGAUAUCACGACCGCUAUCGGAAAUGGGCUGGUGUUGCUUAUCGAUAUAAUGACUGAAACAUUACCCAAUCUGUUUAAGGAACCUAGCGAAGUUCACCAGCUUCUCAAACAGUGGACAAAAUUGCUACAGUUACGACAGAUAUUAUGUGGCUCACUGGUACAAAUCACGGAGUUGUGGGCCGAAGGAAAGGGCCCUCUUACGAUGUGCUUCAGCGCGGAAGAAAUCAAGCAUAUGGUGCGUGCCUUAUUCCAAAACACUAAACAGCGUCAGGCUUGCAUUGCUUCCAUUGUUUAG